UAGCUUUAGUGACGUACGGAAAACAACGUGCUUUUAGGAUUUCUGUGUGACUAAACUCAACAACAACAGAUGUUAAUGACAUGGGACUAGUUUUUUUUUGUUCAAACGUUAAAUGUACAGAACCGCCUAAUGGCAGCAGCAGAAAGGAGAUUCAUUUCUACUGUGGACUGGACCGUCCCUUUGGCCCCGCCCACCAGGAAGCAGAGCUAUAAACUCCACUCUGCUGUUUUCACUUUCACCUGAAACUCGAACUGAAAACGCGGAUGUGGCCACCCUUUGCUGUCAGGCAGCACAGGGAUCAAAGAUGGAAGAUGCAGAUCAAACCCGGCUCGAGGAGCUGUUAAUGUGCCCGGUGUGUCAGGACGUCUUCAAGGAUCCCCGCCAGCUGCACUGUGGACACAGCAUGUGUGCGGACUGUCUGACAACCCUGCUGGACCACUCCACGGAUGUCCCGUUCCGCUGCCCAGACUGCAGGGCAGAUUUCGGACAGGUCGUCCAGUUACAGAAGAGCUACACCUUGGCCAGCAUCGCAGAGGACUUCAGACUGAGCAAGAGGAGGAGGGACAAGCAGGCUGAAUGUGUGUACUGUGACUGUUGCCCUGAAAUAAAAACUCCGGCCUUUAAAACCUGCCUAAAGUGUGAGGUGUCGCUGUGCAGAGAGCACGUGAAGGACCACCUUGAGCUGCGGGUGUUCACAGGACACCCCCUGGUUGAACCUCUGAGUGACCUGCUGGAGAGAAAGUGCCCACAGCACCAAGACGAGGUGCUUAGGUACUACUGCAGCUCGUCCAGGCGCUAUAUCUGUAAUAUGUGUGCCCUGGAAAGCAAGCAGCUCAACGCAGCCUUGGAUGCCUCCACUGUCAUGCGACGACAGCUGACUGAGCAUAUGGAGCAGCACUUCAGAUUGCUCCGGGAGCAAAUUAUAGAAUCUACAAAUGCUGUACACAGUCAGCAUGAGAGACAGAGAGGACACCCUCUGGACCGUCUCAACGGUGUCACAGUGGUUCUGCUCUUUCUUUGGUUCAUAGUUCUGUACUACGCCUACAGCUACUCUGUGGAAAACCAGACGCUGACGGAUGCGUUGGAGAGGCAGCAGAGCCGUGUGCAUCACAUUUAUUCCAGCAUUGCAGAAUACAUGGUCGAUCAUCCUAUGAAGAGCCACGGACUUUCAGAAACUGAAGACGAAGGGACCGUCAUGUUGGACAUGGACACUGCCAGUCGUCUCCUCGGACUUUCUGCAAACCUCCGGACAGCAGAGCGAGUCAAAGCAGCGCUGCAUUAUCCCUACAGCGACGGCCGCUUUGACGAAGCCCCGCAGGUGCUCUCCACCCCGUGCUUCUCCUCCGGCUCCCACGUCUGGGAGGUGGAGGCCGAGGGCUGCUGGGACAUCGCUCUGUCCUACAGGAGCGUCCAGCGAAAGAGCAGAAACAGCAGCACGUUCGGGCACAACGCAGAGUCCUGGAGCCUCGCCCACAGCGGCCAGGGCGAGCUGUUCGCCUGCCACGAUAAACACAUAACCGUUCUGUUCGGAUCGUUGCAGAGCAGCAGAAUAGCAGUGGAGGUGAACUUUGAGGAAGGCAGAAUCACCUUCAGCACUGCAGAUUCCACCGAGACACGGCUGCACGAGUUCAAGGCAGAGCUGACGCAGCCUGUGUGUUUGGGUUUGGGUCUUUAUCAUGUUGACCCUCCCAGCAGAGCCUCUAUUGUCAAGGUUUCAUGAAGAGUCCUGCUCACAGUCACAGACAGGAUCCAAACCACCUGAAGCCUGGUGGCUUUAAUUACAGCUCAGGAAAUGUAUUUUAUAAAGACUGUAAAAUGUUAUUUUAUAAGGAAAUGUUUUAAAUAUUUCAUUAGAUAAUUCUCAAAGCUAAAUCUUGUAACUUUCUUAUCCAAACAGCUUUGAAACCCUUGGAAAAGCCUACAUUCAAUAUGAAAAAAGUAUGUAUUUUUUUUGUCAAUUCCAGUAAAAAUUCCCUACCUCAUA